AUGGGCGAGGAGACGAGCACGAAUGUGGUGAGCAAUGACAAACAGGAACAAGGCCCCAAGGGCCAAGACCUGGCCGUUAAAGGCAACAUCAGCAACUACUCUUACGGAGCACUAGACGAACGACUCGACGAGCAGAGCCGACGGGCGACGUGCGAAGAAGGAUGGAGGUUGGACGGCGGUUGUAUCUACGGCGCCAGGAGGCGGGCCAGCGAGCAGAAGAGAGGUGUCCAAAUCAAGAGCGAGAGGCGUGUCACAGAAACAACGUUGCGUGCGGCCGCACCAAGGACCAAGGGGGAGAAGGGCACUGCCAGGAGGAGGCUCGGUUGCGCUUUGGAGGAGACGAUGAUCGGGUGGACGGGGGGUGGUUAA